CGUCGACGCACCUCACUCGCUUCGCAACUUCCUUUCCUUGCGAACGAACCCUUGAACACGUCCAGUCGUGUCUUGUUGGCAUUGAUCAAAACCCGUAACAAAAAUGAUCUCGCAGGUCUCUAUCCGUUCAACGUCGGCUUCGCUCCGCGCCAUCCCCCGCGUUUCCUGCAACUUCUCGUCUACCGCAAUCAUGGCUGAGCAGAAGUACCGUGAGGAGCGCGACACGUUCGGCCCUCUCCAGGUGCCCGCCAACCGCUACUGGGGUGCCCAGACCCAGCGUUCGCUCCUCAACUUUGACAUUGGUGGCCCCACUGAGCGCAUGCCCCCUCCCCUCAUCAAGGCGUUUGGUGUCCUCAAGAAGGCUGCCGCCCACGUCAACCAGGGCUACGGCCUCAAGCCCGAGAUUGCCGACGCCAUCUCGCGCGCGUCCGACGAUGUCAUCUCGGGCAAGCUCAUCGACGAGUUCCCCCUCGUCGUCUUCCAGACCGGCUCGGGCACCCAGACCAACAUGAACGUCAACGAGGUCAUCUCGAACCGUGCCAUUGAGCUCCUUGGCGGUGAGCUCGGCUCCAAGAAGCCCGUCCACCCCAACGACCACGUCAACAUGUCGCAGUCGUCCAACGACACCUUCCCCACUGCCAUGCACGUUGCCGCUGUUGUUGAGAUCCGCUCCAACCUCAUCCCCGCCCUUACCGAGCUCCGCAACGCCCUCGAGGUCAAGCGCGAGGCGUUCGACAAGAUCAUCAAGAUCGGCCGUACCCACCUCCAGGACGCUACUCCCCUCACCCUCGGCCAGGAGUUCUCGGGCUACGUUACCCAGCUCACCCGCGGCAUUGAGCGUGUCGAGGGCACCCUCAAGCACCUUUCGCAGCUCGCCCAGGGUGGUACUGCUGUCGGCACCGGCCUGAACACCAAGAAGGGCUUUGACGUCAAGGUCGCCGACGAGAUCUCCAAGAUCACCGGCUUCCCCUUCGAGACCAACCCCAACAAGUUCGAGGGUCUUGCCGCCCACGACGCCAUUGUUGAGGCCUCGGGUGCCCUCAACGUUAUUGCCGUUUCGCUCUUCAAGAUCGCCAACGACAUCCGUUACCUCGGCUCGGGACCCCGCUGUGGUCUUGGUGAGCUCGAGCUCCCCGAGAACGAGCCCGGAUCGUCGAUCAUGCCCGGCAAGGUCAACCCCACCCAGUGCGAGGCCCUUACCAUGGUCGCCGCUCAGGUCAUGGGCAACAACAUGACCAUCUCGGUCGCUGGCUCGCAGGGCCAGUUCGAGCUCAACGUCUUCAAGCCUGUUCUCAUCAAGAACCUCCUCCAGUCCAUCCGCCUCCUCGCUGACGGCUCGCGCUCGUUCACCAAGAACUGCGUUGUCGGCAUCAAGGCCAACGAGAAGAAGAUCUCGCAGAUCAUGAACGAGUCGCUCAUGCUUGCCACGUGCCUCAACUCGGUUCUCGGCUACGACGACGUUGCCGCCAUUGCCAAGAACGCCCACAAGAAGGGCAUCACCCUCCGCGAGUCGGCCCUCGAGUCGGGCAAGAUCACCGGCGAGGAGUUCGACAAGCGUGUCCGCCCUGAGCUCAUGCUCGGCCCCGACGAGGUGUAAUCGUCUCGGACACAAGUCUAAAAGCAGGAGUGCAUGUAGUGCGGAUGUAUGGCGUUGCAGAC